UCACAUGACUCGGAACAUUCUCAGUGUUGAUACUGAGGGCGUAAGUGGGCUUCGCUCUUGUCUGCAGUGCCGUUAACUUUUCUUGUACAAAAGGCCAGGACAUUGAAAUUUGAGGAUUAAGUGAUCAACGAAAGAAAAUUUGGGGAUAUAUAAUCGACAAGGAAACCUGCACUAAGCUAGACCACAAGACGCACCGCCUGACUCCGGGACAAGGUGGUGCUUAAGAAUUUACUGAUCGCUGAUCACGAAUAGCUGUUCCGCGUGACUUAUUUACAGUAACGACUCCAAACAUGACCCAAAAACUACUACCGGCGAUUUCGAUUGCUUGUUUUGCUGUGCUAGGCUGGUUUGCUGUGGGACAUGCUGUAAUGUUUGAGGUGAAAGAUGGAAAUUCAACAUGUAUCAAAGCACAGCUCUCUGCCAACUUCUCCAUUACAUACCCAGUAACCAAUGGAACGAACACAGUGACCGUGCCACUCCCAUCCUCGGCAAAAGUGGGCAGUGGGAGCUCCUGCGGAGGGGCAGGGGUUUCCCCGGAGCUGCUGGCUGUCUUUGGUGAAGGCCAUUCUCUGGGCCUGGUGUUCUCCCACAACCAACUCCUGUACCAAGUAGCCAACCUGAGCCUGAGCUACAACUUGAGCGACAGCGCUAUCUUUCCUCGGUCUUCCAGCAAGGAUGUCAUCACCAUGGUGACAAACACUUCUGAGAUCUCGGCGCAGCUGAACACCACCUACCGUUGUCUGAGCGCCACCAUUGUCCAUCUGGAGGCAGUCAACAUCACCUUCUUUGAUGUCAGGAUGGAGGCCUACAUGAGCAGUGCCAACCUCAGCACUGACGAGACUGUUUGUUCUGCUGAUCAGCCCACCACCACCGUAGCACCCACGAUAUCACCCAGAACUACCCCAAGCCCCUCCCCUGUCCCCCCCGGCAACCCAGAGCCUGGGAACUACAGCAUCAUUGGUACCAAUGGAACCGUUUGCCUUCUGGCCAGAAUGGGUCUGCAGCUUAAUGUAACAUACUACUCCAAGUCCCAGAACAAGACUGUUCAGAGCAUAAUGAACUUGGAGCCCAAUAAUACAUCAGCUUCGGGGUCAUGUGACUCCACAGCCGCAACUCUACUAUUGACAGAGGGGCUCACCAACCUCAGCUUCACAUUCACACUGAAUACCACCACCAGUAAAUACUACCUCAGUGCUCUAAAUUUGUCUGCUGCCUGGCCUGACUUGACAGUUUCAUUGAUCAUAAGCAACAGCACUCUAGACUACCUGCAAGGCACUCUGGGUCAUUCAUACAUGUGCUCCACUGAACAGAUCAUUUUUGUGUCAAAUAAUUUUUCCCUCAACACCUUCAAAGUGUGGGUGCAACCCUUUGGGGUCAAAGACAACCAAUAUGGAUCAGCCGACGUGUGCUCAAUGGAUCAGGAGAGUGUGCUCAUCCCCAUAAUUGUGGGCGCAGCCUUGGCUGGCCUCGUGGUCAUAGUCCUCAUAGCCUACCUCAUCGGCAGGAGGAGGAGUCACGCUGGCUACCAGACCAUCUGAGCUCCAGUGGCGUUCCUACUACUAUGGGCACCAGUCAAGACCUCUGUCUGGCUCUCAUGUACAGGGGAAGGCCAUCGCUACUAUUGAUUGGCUGGGACUGUGCUGACAAGACUGGUGUGUGUGUGUUUGUGUGUGGGUGUGUGUGCGUGUAUGAGUGUGAGUACCUUGCUGCCUGUCGUUGAACUUUUCCCAUUUGCGCCCCCAUGGCCUUUGGGUAAACUGAAUGUUACUAACAGCUCUGUUUCCAGCCAUGUGAACCCAGCCAUUUUGUAAAUUACAUUCACUUCUAGGAGUUCAAAUGGCAUCCUGUUUAUUGGUCAACUCUGUUCUUUUUACAAACAUUUUCACCAUGUCUUUAACUUUUAAGGAGAAUUUUUUUUGAGAAUUGAUGUUGUGUAAAUAGGUAUUCUAACAUUUAAGUUAUAAAAUGACUAAGGUUUUUUUUCUUGCCAGAGAGGGACAGUGUGGCUUAAUUCAAGGUACCCCAGUCCAGUCUCCUGUUUGUCACUCCCAGAAACCCUAAACUGGUUUUACACAGCAUUAGAUCAUUUUAACAUUUACAUUGUACAUGAGCUUUGAGUGCUGUUAUAGAACUGUGGCUCAGGACUGGGAAUUCUUGUGUUCAUUUAGUGUCAUUCUCAGUCUGACCCACUAUCCAAUCUUGAUCUAAUCCAGUCAGUCAUGAGAAUGAGGCACAGGUUUUAGGUGAAGCAAAAAGCUUUUUGGGCACGAGCACAGCGUGUCUGGGUGUGAACGUCCACGUAAGGAGAAGAGACAAAACAAGCAGUCAAGAUGGGGAAUGGCAUCAAUAAAAAGUGAAGCCCCUUUGCUAGUGUUUUCCCUCAAUAUUGAGCUGAAGUGAGGGCUUGUGUCUGGUCUCUCCAUUCCUGCAUCGCAUGCAGGAAAUCCCUCUCAAGACUCUGAAGACUCGGGUUCAUGGAAAAUGUGCAGAGAUCCAAGGAGUCUGUGUGCUGCCCCUUGAAAGCAUUCAGUAAGGCCUUCACCCCCAGUUCAAGCCAAUGAGCAUGGCACACUAGAUGUAGCAGGUUGUUAACACCAUAGAUCCAUGCAUACUUCUCAUGAAGAUAAUUGCAAUUUUCAGUUAUUUGGCUGAUUAUUAAAUGCUAAAACAACCACCGCCUACGUCUGAGACAUCCAAAGUGUGCCCUUUGCAUGUAUUUUUACGUAGGCUAUUCCAAACCAAAGACAUUUUGCUCAGUCAAUAUUCAGUUAUCCGCUGUGUGUUUGGGCCUUGAACAGAUUAGGAGGGAGUAAACGUGAGUUGUUGUGGACAAGAUUGCAUGGUUAAAUACUUGUGUUAAUUUUGCUUUCCCCUCUUUGGCUUUCUUUUUGGUGGAGGCCAUUUUUACUGUACUGAAGACUCUCUAGUUAAAAGGGAAAAUUCUGGACACAACUAUCAUUAUCUGCACACCUACUAAGGUGAUUUAUGUUAUGACCUUUUUGUUCAUGUAUCCAUGGAGAUGUGCUUCUCUGGGAUGCAUACUCAGCACUACACAGCAGUUUUAAACUGUCAAGUUUCGGAGGAGGGAAACUAAAUGAGACUGCCAAGGGUUCUCUUAAAGGACAGCAAGCUCUCAAGUUUCAUCAGCAGUUUAAAACUUAACCUAUUCAGAAGAUGUACGUUUGACAUGGAGACACUCUUGGCCAUCAGGUUUUGUAAUAUAAUGGGAUGCUGCACCACUCUGUGUACUGUGAGUGUGCUAGAAUUAUGUUAUGGAGGUGUUAUAAUUUGUUACAGCCCAUAAAUCUUUUCUCUGAGAAAACAGAUUAAUAGAAGUCAGUGUAAACUAUGUACUGUUUUUUUUUUUCUUUUUAAUGCUGAUAUCUUGUUUUAUCACAGCUUAUUUGAUAAGGUGUGAAUCUAUAAGCCUUCAAAACAUGCCAGUGCAUCCAAUCCCUUCUGGUUGGUGUUUUGUUCAUAUAAAUUGCAGUGAUUUGAGCUCUUACUUUUGUAGAGAAUGUUUUUUUUUAAUGCAUCUGGGUUAGGUCAAUAAAAGAAAUUCAACACA